GAAACCCUUCCUCUCUUUAAUGGCAGUGGCAGCUUGCAGUUAAAUCAAAAGCUGAGGCACAGACGGUCGCGUGGCCAGUAUCCUCUGCCCAUUGCAAAGUCUGUGUGUGUUGGAUGGAUGGCUUGGGUACCAUAAUUAAUGUGCUGAUUGGGUUUCCCAUGUCUAACCAGGUUCCCAGGACUCCUAGAAUGAGGCUGCUGUGAAGGACUGGUGGAUCCCCUGCCUGCGCUGCCGUGCCUGCAGAUUCCCUGCGAUCCCCUUUCUGGCUGGAGCACCGUUACCGAGGCUCCUGGGAAGAAUGACUGUUGGAUGCCUACUGCAACCCCCUUUCCUGGGGAGGACUUGGCUCCCCAUGCUGCUGCUGGCAGCCUCUGCCCACUGCCACUGGCCCAGCGAGCCGGCAGAAGUGGUUCGGGACUGGGAAAACCAACUGGAGGCCUCCAUGCACUCCGUGCUCUCGGACCUCCGGGAGACUGUGCCGGCUGUGGUGGGCAUCCCGGACAGCUCUGCGGUGGUGGGACGCUACUUCAGAGUCUCCAUCCCCACAGAUUUAAUUGCUUCCAAUGGAGAAGUUGUCCAGAUCUCCGAAGCUGGGAAGGACUCCUUGCCUUCUUGGUUGCACUGGAACGCGGAGAGCAGCUCCCUGGAAGGGCUGCCCCUGGACACGGACAAGGGCGUCCACUACAUCUCGGUGACCACGCUGCAGCACUUCCCAAACGGGAGCUAUGUGCCACAGACCACAAACGUCUUCUCCGUUGAGGUGCACCAGGAAGACCACAACGAGCCUCAGUCGGUGCGAGUGGCCGUCCAAGACACGGGUGACGCAGCGCCGUUUGUGUGCGGCUCGGAAGAGCCGGUCACCAUCCUGACUGUCAUUCUGGAUGCCGACUUGACAAAAAUGACACCAAAGCAGAGGAUCGAACUCUUAAACAGAAUGAGAAGCUUCUCAGAGGUGGAACUUCAUAACAUGAAGUUGGUUCCUGUUGUAAAUAACAGACUCUUUGACAUGUCGGCCUUCAUGGCUGGACCGGGAAAUGCAAAGAAGGUGGUGGAAAAUGGGGCCUUACUCUCAUGGAAAUUGGGAUGUUCUCUGAGCCAAAACAGUGUCCCCAACAUCAGCAAGGUGGAGGCUCCAGCUAAGGAAGGAACCAUGUCUGCCCGCCUUGGGUACCCUGUUGUUGGCUGGCACAUUGCUAACAAGAAACCUCACCUCCCAAAGAGGAUGCGGCGGCAGAUCAACGCCACCCCUACGCCUUUGACUGCCAUCGGGCCGCCCACCACUGCCGCACAAGAACCGCCCACCAGAAUUGUCCCCACCCCGACAUCACCUGCCAUCGCGCCUCCCACGGAGACGACGGCACCCCCCGUCCGGGAGCCCAUUCCCCUGCCGAGGAAACCCACGGUCACCAUCAGAACCAGGGGCCCCAUCGUUCAGACGCCCACGCUGGGACCGAUCCAGCCAACCAGGGUAGCAGAAGGCACGGGCACGGCCUCUGUGCCGAUUCGCCCCACGAUGCCCGGGUAUGUAGAGCCCACGGCCGUGAUCACGCCGCCCUCAACUACCACCAAGAAGCCAAGAGUCUCCACUCUGAAGCCAGGCACGCCAUCCACAACGGAUUCCUCCACGGCGAUAACACGAAGGCCUACUCGAAGGCCCAAAACUCCCCGUCCAACAAAGCCUCCCAGCACAACCAGAUCCCCCAUCUCCAAGCUGACAACAGCCUCCCCACCGUCCCGUGUGCGCACCACAGCGAGCGGGCUCCCCCGGCCCUGGGAGCCCAAUGAGCCGCCCAAGCUGACGAACCACAUCGACAGGGUCGACGCAUGGGAGGGAACUUACUUCGAGGUUAAGAUACCGUCAGAUACCUUCUACGACAAGGAAGACACCACCACUGACAAGCUGCAGCUGACCUUGAAGCUGAAGGAGCAGCAGAUGAUCGAGGAGAAUUCAUGGGUGCAGUUCAACAGCACCAGCCAGCUCAUGUACGGCAUGCCAGACCGCAACCACAUCGGGAAGCACGAGUACUUCAUGUACGCCACUGACAAGGGCGGGCUUUUUGCCGUGGAUGCUUUCGAAAUCCAUGUCCACAAACGCCCGCACGGGGACAAGUCUCCAGUGAAGUUCAAGGCCAAGCUGGAAGGGGACCACAAUGCGGUGGUGAAUGACAUCCAUAAGAAGAUCAUGCUGGUGAAAAAGCUGGCUCUGGCAUUCGGUGACAGGAACAGCAGCACCAUUACGGUGCAGGACAUUGCCAAAGGCUCCAUUGUCGUGGAGUGGACUAACAACACGCUGCCCCUGGAGCCCUGCCCUCGGGAGCAGAUCCGGACUUUGAGCAAAAAAAUUGCUGAUGACUCUGGGAGGCCGAGCCCAGCUUUCUCCAACGUCCUGCAGCCCGAGUUCAAGCCUCUGAACGUGUCAGUGGUCGGCUCCGGCAGCUGCAGGAACAUCCAGUUUGUCCCCAUGACCAAGGACGGCAGGGUGAUCUCCGAGGCGACGCCGACGGUGGUGGCAGGCAAAGACCCCGAGAAGAGCAGCGAGGACGACGUGUACCUGCACACUGUCAUCCCUGCCGUGGUGGUGGCCGCCAUCCUCCUCGUGGCCGGCAUCAUCGCCAUGAUCUGCUACCGCAAGAAGAGGAAAGGGAAGCUGACCAUCGAAGACCAGGCCACCUUCAUAAAGAAAGGCGUGCCCAUCAUCUUCGCCGACGAGCUGGACGACUCCAAGCCUCCGCCAUCCUCCAGCAUGCCCCUCAUCCUCCAGGAGGAGAAAGCCCCACUCCCCCCCCCAGAGUACCCCAACCAGAGCAUGCCAGAGACCACGCCACUCAACCAGGACACCAUCGGGGAGUACACGCCGCUGCGGGAUGAGGACCCCAACGCGCCGCCCUACCAGCCUCCCCCGCCCUUCACC